GAUGGUCGGUCUUGCACGGUAACUAAAGCAACAACACUUUCUACCGAACCUUUGAAAACGGUUCGAUUUUCCGCGACCGACAGCAGACAUGAGAGAUAGACAGAAGAAGAAAAAGGGGAGGACGUGGGCAGAGGCCGCCAAAACGGUGCUGGAAAAGUACCCCAACACACCGAUGAGUCAUAAAGAGAUACUACAAGUAAUUCAGAGAGAACGACUCAAGGAGAUAAGUGGGACUUCCCCUCUUGCCUGUCUCAAUGCCAUGCUCCAUACAAACUCACGUGGAGAGGAAGGGAUCUUCUAUAAAGUCCCUGGUCGAAUGGGAGUCUAUACACUGAAGAAGGACAUUGCAGAUGUGUUGAAGGAGCUGUCAGAAGAGGCCUCAGAGGACAGCAGUGAUAACAUGUCUGAUACAGGAUGCACAGAAAAUAACAGCACCAUCACCAACAGCAAAGAUGUCCGCAGAGGAAGGUGGAAGAGGAGAGUACCGACGAAACUACAGUCUCAGCCGCCCUCACCACAGUCACGCUGCUCAUCUCCAUCAGUGUCCAGCAGCAAACUCAUCUCCCCAUCACAGAAACAUAGCAAGAAGGCCCUCAAACAGGCACUGAAACAACAGCAGCAGAGGAGUCAACGGAGACAGUGUGGAAUACCAACAACCUCCAGCCCAAGCCUGCUUCUCAAGACUGUCAAAGACAUAACUCGUGAUUCAUCCUCCUUCAAAUCAUCUUGGGAACUAAAACAGACAGAGCGCUGCCCUGCCAGUCCACAGAACUCUACCUCCAGCUCGUCCUCUUCUGUCAAAGCAGAUGUGUGCCACACAGCUGGAGCCCGGAAGGUGUCUCAGCACUCCAGUCGGCUCAAUGCCAGACAACUGAGGCGUUCAAAGUGUGAGAUAGAUGUUGAGACACCAGACUCCAUCCUUGUCAACACCAACCUGCGAGCACUAAUCAACAAGCACACGUUCUCAAUGUUGCCUACAGAAUGCCAGCAGAAACUUCUGAAGAUGCUGCCAGAGGUUGACCAGCAGGCUAGUAUGGAUGGGGCAUUGAAGGUGACCAGUUCUACCUUGAACAAUGAGUUCUUCACAUCUGCUGCACAAUCUUGGAAGGAGAGGCUGGCAGAGGGUGACUUCACCCCUGAGCUGAGACUGAGAAUGCGACAGGAAAUUGAGAAGGAAAAGAAGGUGGAGCAUUGGAAAGAGCAUUUCUUUGAGAGCUACUAUGGUGAACACUCUGGCCUAAGUAUAGAGGAAUCAAGAGAAUUGACAGAAGCUGCUGACAAUCCUGAAUCAGCUAAAAGCAAAGCGCAGCCAGACAAGCCAGAGAUCGUUAAAGAGUCACAGAAGGUACAUCAAGUAAUAGAGGUCAGCCACAGGGAGUUGAGAUCCAGAGAUGUAAAACCAGUAGUAACACAUCCUACCCAAGAAGAGCCAAUAAAACUUCCAGCUCCAGAACAGCCACAGUUGUCCCUAGAUAAAAGGAAUGAAGCACCAGAAGAACUGACUGCAGAGUUGCCUGUUCAGAAAGCAGUGGAGCCCAAACCAGACAAUGAAAAAGCACUGGAAAUUGAGAUCAAGUGUAAGAACCCAAUAGUACCUUCGGAAGCAAUUGUCACUAUUUUGAAAAUAAAGGAGACACAACUAACUAAAAUUGAAAUCCCUGUGGCUGAGGUUGGACAGACAUUAACAGAGAGGAAUCAAGCUGGGUCUCCAAUACUUGCUGUCACAUCUGAGCACCUAAAGAGGAAGGUCUCCAGUGAACCGGAUACUGAGCUCAGAACAGAGAAGAAGCCCCGUGUCACUACACAUGAUGUGUCAUCCCCAGUGAAAUCUAAAGAAACAGUAGAACAUAGAGUACCUCCUCUCAAAAUCCCAGUGUCUCGAAUUCUCUCUGCUCCUGCCGGUAUUGAGACAGUAUCCCCAAGGACUCCUGUCCCCUUGACACCACCUAGCAUUCGUCCUGGUCGUACCGGUGUUCGCACUCUUGCUGACAUCAAGGCAAAAGCCCAGUUAGCGCGGGCACAGUGUGCCGCAGCGGCAGCUGCUGGUUCAUCUUCCUCAAGGGGAGCCAGCUCAGUUGGAGGAACCUCCACACCCUCCCUAGCUCGGUCUAUGUCUGAGGAGUUUUCAACUGGAAGCAGCAGAAAUCAAUCUUUGUCACCCAUAAAGCAGAGCUCUGGGUCUCCGGAGGACACAGUGGGUCUUUCACAAACUUUUUCCUCAGGUUUUACUGGACAAACAGAUACUGGUUUUGCAAGACAAGUUUUUUUAAAAGACAAUCGUGCUUUGAUGGGGUCCCAAACCACUCAGUGUACAUUGAACUCAAUGGUGAAGGAUGAACAUAGCCUUCUCAGUGGUGGAGGGGUGCUAACACCUAUUAGUCAGUCAGGAAACCUGACCGUCUCAAACGUAAUUGCACAAAACCAGAGAUCACAACAGACACCUUUGCCAGGAGCAUCAAUGACCAAGCCUAGCUCUUUAAUCACAGCGAAUAAUCCUCUGGUCACCCAGCUUCUUCGGGGGAAAGAUGUUCCCCUGGAAAAGAUCCUUCCAAAGCCACUAGCCAAGAUGGAGAUUCAGUCUGUGGCCAUAUCUGACCGAGAUGAAGGUAACCUUGUUACCACCACAGCUGGGUUAAAAAAAGAAAACCUUACAAACAAAGAACAUAUCAGUAGAUUUGGGCAUCAAGUUCUUGCUGGUCCAUCUACGAUGCAAUUCAGAUCUGCGAUAAGUGUAGACAAGCUGGUCAAUAGCACUAAGGACCUAAUCCUCCACCCACUGGGGCCCAAAUGUGAGCCGAAACACUCAAGUUUAAGCCACCCACCCUCGCAAUUUCAAUCCUGUCAUCUAGGGCACCUUGAGUGCAGCCAGGACCAGGUGAGUAUCCAUCUAGGCAUCUUUGGGCGGAAGAGGAUGUCCAAGCCAGCUAUGACAGGACACUACCUCCUCAAUGUCUCCACAUAUGGUAGAGGAUCUGAGAGCAGCAAAUGGCCACAUCUAUCUAGUAAUACAAGCACAACCUUUGCCAACUUAAAGCAAAUGAAGAAAGAGAAAAUGGAAGUUGAGGAGCAUGUGAAAGAAAGGGCAGAAUCAUUUGGAGGGUCUCAUACCUGUUCUCAAGGACAACUGAAUUCUUCAAGGGUCAAAAUGGAACAGAUGGGGCAUUGCAUCACAAAAACCGAUAAGGGUUUGGCAUCACAACCCUGUUCUGAAAUAAAGUCAGACUCCCCAUCGUUGAACUGUUUAUCCAACAAAGAAAAAGUAAACACUAGAACCAAAGAAACGUACACAAGAACUCAGGGUAACACAGACCCAAAUCAGUUAAGUGACUGUCACCAACGCAUGUACCUGUCUCAGAAAUCUCAUAAUGUACAAGAACUUAUAAUGGGCCCUCAGUACGGUGGCACCAUCAGCAUGUCUGUCCCUCAUGCACGAAACCACAGCAUGGCUGACACUCCAACCUCUCCUACAGUGUCCUGCACUGGUGACAGUGAUGCUGCUGGUGGUGGUAUGAUGUCUUUUUCCGUCACUGUUACGGCCAUACCUGCUGGUCACCUACUGGAUGAGAGCAAUCAGGGCGAGACCUCACCUGAGCAAGCCUUCAUAGAAACAUCUGGAAUGGAGGAUGUCCAGUCAAAGUGCUACUGUCGACUAAAGGCCAUGAUUAUGUGCAAGGGAUGUGGUGCCUUUUGUCACGAUGAUUGCAUUGGUCCAUCCAAACUAUGUGUCUCCUGUUUGGUGGUACGAUAAUGGUCAUAUACACGGGAUAAACUGCAACAAUGAGAAUUAAAGGUGAGGUGUGUAAUUAUUUCCAUGUUUAAAAAAAAACUUCUAUCCCAGCAUGAUAUGCAGAGACAACCAUAAGUAAGCCAUUCGUAGGUUAAUUCCAAUGAGAAGUGUAAACACUGUGGAUCUGUGGCAAUUUUGAGCAUUCCAACCAACCUGACAUAGUUAGUUUAGCUUAACCAAUGACCAUUUGUUUGGGGCUUGUUUUAAACUCAAUUUAAAAAAAAACAUUUUGGCAUCUGACUCAUCCUGUCAUUGAAAACUGUUCCAUAGACUUAACAUUGAAAAGCGAACAGAGUGAUCAUAUCUCUGAAUCAGAAUGUCAUAGAGAUUUGGGGGUGGGCUUAUUUGACUCAGGCCAGCAAGCAGUCAUUCAGUAACACCCUAGCAACUGCCUAGCCAUGCCCUAGAAAUCCAUGUUUUGACACCAGAUCAUCGUUGACACAUGGGGGUGGGCAUGUUUUACUCUGAGCAGUUUACUGAUGUUCUUUGUUGGCCCCUUAAGACCCUUGAAGGCCCCUGGGGGCUCCUUGGGGCCCCUCCCAUAUCUCUGCACCAGUUGAAACAUAGGAGUGGAUUCGUUUGACUUGGGGGAGUGUACGGAGGCCAUUUGUAGAAUGAGGCCGAUUGAGGGCCUUUGGGAGCCCCAGCAAUAUCUUGCCACCAGAACAUUGUAGAGACUUUUUUAUUUUUUAUUUAAAAAAUGUAUUUUAAAAAUGCAUUUUUAAUUUUUUUAUUUUAUCCCCCUUUUCUCCCAAUUUGGAAUGCCCAAUUCCCACUACUUAGUAGGUCCUUGUGGUGGCACGGUUACUCACCUCAAUCCGAGUGGCAGAGGACAAGUCUCAGUUGCCUCUGCUUCUGAGACAGUCAAUCCACACAUCUUAUCACGUGGCUCAGUUUGUGACACCACAGAGAUUCAAAGCAUGUGGAGGCUAAUGCUACUCUCCGCGAUCCAUGCACAAUGUACCACGCACCCCAUUGAGAGUGAGAACAACUAAUUGCGACCAUGUGGAGGUUACCCCAUGUCUACCCUCCCUAGCAACAGUGCCAGUUUGUUUGCUUGGAAGACUUGGCUGGAGUCACUCAGCACACCCUGGAUUUGAACUCGUGACUCAAGGGUUGAUAGUCAGCGUCAAUACUCACUGAACUACGCAGAACCGGAGUGAGCACUUUUGACAGUGUACUGAUACCCAUUGUGGGACCCAUGAGACCCUUGUCACUGGGGGCCCCAGCAAUAUUUUGCCAACAGAACUUUGUAGAGACAUGUGGGGUCUUUUGACUUGGGGCAGUGUACUGAGGCACUUGGUGGAGGCGAGUUUUCCACGAGAAGCAUCACUAAAUUUUUUCAGAAUAUGUAGCAAUCUAGUUAUUUUUACAAUUCCGUUCACUGACGCUAGUGACACAGAAAUUACACACUUCACCUUUAUAUUAAACCACUGCAUUGAGGGAUAGCAUAAAUGUUUGUUGUCAGUAUAGCAGUGAUGAUCUUGCUCUGGUAACCUGUUGUUGUCUUUUGAGAGGCAGGCUGUUGUACUGUUACAGUUUUUCUGUACAGCACAUAGACAUUUAGCACGAUAAUAGAUGAGGUAUGUAUAUGUGCAAUGUCGAGUAAUACUUCCUCUCAGUGCACACCUUGUUUUAGACUCAAAACUCAUUCAAUAGUGGCAAUAAUUAAUGCUUGGUCUUUUUCGGUUAUAUUUUUGUAACAAUAUUAGAAAUGGAAAUCAAUGUACUACUGUUUUUGUAGAUGUAAAAAUCAUUAUUAUGCCCCUCAGAUUUUAAAGAAUAUAUUUUACACACAGUACACACUAUCUUGCUGGAUUAGUAACUGGUAACAUCAAAUUAGAUUAGCUUAUCCUGCAAAGCUGUUUGUUGGUUAGUUUUAAGCCUUUGUGAUUUAAGCAAAGAACCACACAACUGAAAUACCAGUUAUUUUACAGAAUUACUGUGAAUAUGUAAACCUAAUAUAUUAACCUGCCUUGUUACUAGGCUUAUAUGGUACUGUUAAAAGUUUUAAUAGAAGGAAGCUUUGUCCACUUUGUUAACAGGCAAGCACUUCUCUUCCAUUGGUGGGGUUUUUGUGAAAAGAGAAGAAUGUAAGAACAUGCUUAUAUUGAUGAUUGAUAAUGGCUAUAAUUUGUAUAUUUACAAUAUUUAUAAAAUUAAGAGCAUUAAGGUCCCUAACAUCUCAUUUAAUUCAGAAAAAAAUCUGACAUUAGAUUUAUUAGGGUUGCACUUUUAAUGUUGAAACUUCUGUAAAGGACUUGUGAUCUAUACAAAACACCCAAAAAUGACACUUAUGGUUCAGAGUUGAAGCACUUAAUCUAAUCAAUCUAUUGUACCCCCUCUGAAGCAAAACCAGGUCUUAAUAAUUUCAGUAGCCUAUGUCUAAUCAUUUGAGUUGUUGGCGUUUCUCCAAUUGACAUAAUGGAAUAGUAUAUAUUCCCUAUAAUCUUAGUCUUUUGUGUUAAAUCAAAAAUAAUCAAUAAUGAUAAAAACACAAAAGAAAUCUAUUUGAGCAAUGAAGUAAAACAUUCAGAAGGGAAAAUAUGAAGAUUUUUAUUUUGCUUUGUUAUGUUUUAUAUUGUAAAUACUGACUUUCUUUGAGUACUGAUAAAUCGAUUUCUGCAAAGCUUUCAUGUAUCUUGCCUAAACAUGUCCAAUUGCCUCAUUACUGUCAAACACCAAUUGUAAUUUUAAUCAUGUUUUCAACAUUAAAUGUUGUUGCUCAAAGUCCUAAAACAAUUCAGCUAAACAGGUCCAUUUUGAUAUGAAUCGAGAUGCAUGAACCUUUGAAUCGGUCUUUUUUUAUUAUUGUAUGACUCCUAGGCAAAAACUAAUUUUAGAUAAUAUUUGCUUGGUAAUAUACCAAAGUCAAUUUAUGGGGAUUAGAUAAUCAGAUUUUGUUUUUAAUGUCUAGUUAAGCAAAGUAAUAUAUUUUAAGUAAUAUAUUUUAUUAUAAGAAAUCUAUUUACAAAUCAUUUUACAAACCAUUUAAGAAACAGGGUAUUUACUAUAUCUUUAUAUUGGCUGUCCCAUUUUGUUGUACCUUUGUCCACGGUGUACCUUAACUUUUUACACUUACCAGGGCACUUGUAAUAGUCUGCUCCUUUGAGUAUGUCGGUCUUUAUUUUUUUGUGGCUAUUCUUGCCUGCAAUGCAUUGACGUACCCUCACAGUGGAUUUUUAUUUGACUAAAAUAUAUGUAUGACAUAUACAGUCCACUUUAUUGAUUACUGAAAGACUUAAAUUACAGGUUAUAGUGUUUGUAUGUGAAUCAACUUUAAACUAUAGCUCGGUAGUUGGGUUGUGCUGAAUGUCUUUGGGUGUGAGGGUGUGUUUUUUUUUUUUUCAGGUGGCUUUCAAUUACUUAUUUAUGUGGGGACAGGUCAGUAGGUUUCUCUAAACUGUCGCUUUCAUUUACAUUAUAUAUACAUAUGCAGCAUUUAAACAUACACAUACAAAAGACUGUUUUGAAUAUUACUGUGAUACUUUAUAUCAGGCCUUAGAACUGAUUGAUAAAAUCUGUAGGUUGAAUUUACUUCUAAUUUUUUUUAAAUAUUUCAAUUAGAUCUGCAAACAAGCAGUUUUUAAUUGUCAUUAGUUAUUUACUGCCUUUAUUUUCUGUGAUAGAGUUGCAACGCAUGACUUACCACUGACUCUGUCCACAACCUUGUUACAUUUUACAAAACACUUGGAUUUUUGAUUAAUGAUUCAAUAUUGUCCUUUGAAUAACCCUGAAAUUUGAUGACUUAUAGUGUAGUGUCGGAGGUGUUGGUAUUCCUGGAAUGUUUUAUGAAAGAAGAAAUGUCUUUUUAGAGUGGCUUCCACAAUGUGUGUAAUAUUUUAUGUUUUCAGAAGUAAAAUAUUUUAUGUAUAAUAAAAGUGAAUGUAAUAUAGUAUUUGUAAUCAGCACUUGUAAGAAAAGUGUAUUUUAUCAAGAAACAAUAUGAAUAAAAC